AUGGUGUCAUCGUGAAGUCGAACGUUUAAGAUGUGUGAGCAGUAAAAAUCGGCUGAUCUUUGCAAUGUAACGUUUUUACCAACGAUUUGACUUGUGUCGAAGAAGAAUCUAUAUUAAAAUACAUCAUUAUUAGUGAUUGAUGUUCAAGUUUGAAUGAAUUCAGAACAUUUUUAUCACAGAUGAUUACUUGCACUUGAAUAAAAUCAAGUGGAAAGAUGAAAUUUUCCGCUGUUUCAAUUGAGUCGAGCAUUAGAAUUGUUUUUAUUUAGUCUGCCUCAUAUUUUAAGACACUGCGGUGAUUGGGAUAUCCCACUUGAUGAAUUUUGGUGAUCAAUUUGUUGGCGUGAGUGGAACAACUGUUUUUUUUUCUCAAUUAUUUCUAUGUUUUCGGUAUAGUUGAAAAAGAGAGUGAAUUUCACGAGCGACAGUCUCACCACUUUGAUCGGGACACCAUUCAAAUAUUAUACAGUUCUUUGGUCAGAUCGGUCCUCGAAUUUGUAUCAACAUUAUGGUCGCCAAACACCUUUGAGUAUCGCAAAAUCGUUGAAAGUACACAAAAAGAAAUGUUGAUCUUCUUCAAUGGAGAUCACCAACACCGAGAGGAAAACAACUAUGUACUGAGACCAUACACUGGGAGAUACAAUGAAUCAGGCACCAAAUCUGAGAAACAAAAUGAAAUUAAACCCAGGGACCAAGUGUCUCAGAAAUCCAGAGUUUGUCAAAUUAAGAACACGUAGUCAUGACUACUCAUAUCUCCAACCAUUCAAUGUCGCCUGCCACGUAUUCAAUCUUCUUCGCAUUGACCCCACUCUGCCACACCAUGACUUCAAGAGAAAACUCAUCAAUCUGCCAGAUGAAGUCUUCAGUUCAUGGACGAAAAUAUAGAGUGAUGGACUCGGUAAUGGAAGGCUAAGAUGAAGUUUUCUUGGUGCUGUCUUUUGAUCGGUUCAAACAUAAAGAAAGUGCAAACCCAGGUUGUCAUUUUUUAUCCCAUUUAUUUCAAAAAGCUUAGGACAUUUUUUUGUCUUAAUAGUUGGAGACAGCGUCAAGGGAUGGGCCUUAAUGAUGACUGACGGGCUGUGAUCCUGAUAUAACACAAACCAAAGAGCGAAGUCGAAAUUCCACAAAUCAUACAUUAAAGAGGGAAUCGAAACCACACAGCAGCGAAUAUACAAACAAAAACAUGUGAUAAAAGAAUUAACCUUAUCGAAUAACGACUCAAGAGACUACAAUAUAUAUUCACGCUUAUUGGACGCCGAAUUCAAUAUAUAUUCUAGUGUAUAUUCGGUGUAUUCUUCAGCGUGAAACAUAUUCUGAUGGUCAUGAACUAGGGGCUUAUUUGUCGUCACGAGUCAGCAAGACUCGCAAUAUUUCCACGCAGAUUAAAAAAGAGAUGCACUGAAACGCAUUGAACCGCACGGACUCGCACUGACUCGCGUCAAAUCACAGCGAUUCGUGAAAACGCGAACAGAUUCAUACUAAUACAUGCACAAGUCUUAGCACAGAAAGUAUGUGGCAUUUAUAUCGAAUCUGCGAGUCAACGCGGAUCAGCUGAUGUUGACGUUUAUUUGGAUUGCAAACCAUUCAGUUUCGUAUUUCAAAUAUGUCAACGGAUUUGAGCUGUCAUGGAAUCUAUAUUCAAAAAAAUUGAACGCGCAACAGGAAAAAUUCCAGAAGUCAUUAAAUCCAUUCUUAUUGCAAACGCGUUCUGCUGUGAAAGUAGUUUAAAACUUUUGGACAAAGAAAGUUUAAACGAUAUCGAAGAGUUUGUGCAAUCCAACAGAGUGAAAUUAGCUAAUAUUUUGGAAGGCACGCAAUAUCAAAACAUCGAAACCUUCAAAUUUUUGCCCGGACACAAGCAUUUAAUACUCAGUAUUCCGAAAUAUUUAAACACCAAAGGAAAAAAAUCGAAAAAAAGCAAAUUGACGGAAAGUGAAGCGAUCGAAUUGGUGCGUGAGCUUGAACUGAAAACGAAAUUAGUUCGCAAAGUUGAAGAGUACGGCAGAAAAUUUGGUCUUCAACUUGGAUGUGUUGACAACGAUAUAUUUGAACUUCAAUUCGAUGGAAUUCAGCAUAAAUGUAAAGUCAAGUGUCCAUUCUGCAACGAUAAACUGAGCUGUAUACAUACAUCUUACUGGAAUAUAAGCAAUCUCAUACGGCAUAUAAAAAAACGCCAUUUUGUUUACGAAGAAGUGGAAUUGGUUGAAGAUUCAACUGAAACAAUCGUCAGUGAUCAAGUGGUUCGCUUGAAUGAACAACAAGAGCAAAAGUUAAUGGACUAUUUGAACGAUUCAGACGACAAUUCACCACAGGAGCAUUAAAUGUUAUACAUAUUUGUGGUUGAGACUAUUUGUGUGUGCAAUUAAUCGUCACAUUUAAUAAACGAUUGGACUCGCAGAAACAUUAUCAAGAACUCAACAUUCAUAUUUGAAAAAACAAACAGUGAUAUUUAUUGUGAUAACAUCGUCCAAUUCCAAAAUGUAUUUCGUUGUGUAUAUUGUUGAUCUAAACACAACUUUGAUUUUGCCAUCAACUUGGGUUCGUGAUAUCGAUGAUCAUAUUGAAAAAUUCAUUAAUCUAAGCCUGAACACCGCACAAAGUUUCUUAUGUUUCUACACCAACGAUGAGGAAGCAUUCGAAGAAAACGGCGCACCGAAAAUGGAUUAUCCAGCAAAUUUUGAUCUGCAGUCUCGCACCGAUUUUGAUGGACCAGGAUGUUUCAUUGCAAAAUUGAAACAUUUCAAAGUGUCAUAUGGUGAUGCGGUCAAGUAUAUGGAAAAACAUCGAAACAUUGCGCCAGCAAUUUACAACGAGGCUCGUUUAGUUGAAAUGCCGAUUCCUGUAACACAUCAAGAAGUAAUCGAAGAAAUGGACUCUCAUGCCGAUGAUAAUGGUCCCAUCGAAACAGAUUUGGCUGCUGAAUCUUCAACAACACCAAAUGGCAACGCAUCAGCAGUUGACCCGUUACAAUCCGAGCCAGAGCCAGAACAAGAAACGACGAAUUCUCAAGCCGAUGAAAUCGAACAGAAGCCAAACGUCUCACAAUUGGGAUUGCGCGUAGCUAACAACAAUGACAUUUUGAAUUUGAUCGAUGAAGAUAAUGACGUUGAGCUCCUCAGCUUCGAGGGUGAAGUAUUUGAAAUGACUGUCGGAUCCAAAGGUUUUGCGAAGCCAAUGAUUUUGAUGAAGGACAAACGCAUCAAACGAGAGAAUGAUGAAAUAUCCGGCCCAGAACCAUAUUAUGAAACCAAGGAAAAGGCUCGUGUCUAUAAAAUUGGGGACAAUCUAACUGAAUUUCCGCAUGGUCUCAUCGUUAAGUUGUUGCAGUGGAACAAGCCACCACGUGACACAGAUCGCUAUUACGAUGAACGUUUUACACGUGCACUCUUAAUGGCAUUGGUGCCAGAAGAUCGGUUGGCAAGUUCAAAUGUUUCUGAUGAAGAGAAACAAUUCAUUCAAGCCUUAUUCGGAAUUCGUUGCAAAGGUGAUAUGGAUCGAAUGGACAAGUUUGAAGGCUACAUCACCAAGUUAUGCCAAGAGAAAAAAUAGGAUAGCAACAGGCAACACUGAAUACUCUGCGAUCACGCAAUCAUGCUUCCUGACUGAUUUUACAUUUGACGUUUUUUGUUUAGGAUUAAUUUUUUUUCAUACAAAACUGUGAUUUUUCUACCAAAGUGCAAGUUAUCAAAACAAAAUGUUACCUAGUUUACAAAAAAUCCCACAAGUGUUCACCGAAGCAUUAUUUUUCUAUUCAUAAAGCAUAAGUUUCAACAGAAAUAACGUAUAGAAUAAGGUUCAUAUUAUCAGUAUUCUACUCAAUUAGAAAAGAAACUUUAUAUUUUGAAGUCGAAUGACCAUAUAUGUUAUGAAAUAAGUGAAAAUUAUGCCAAACUGCAAAAACAAACAACCACUGAAAUACAUUUCAACUUAUGUAAUACGUUUCAAAACAAAAUAAGAUGCAUGAAAUUUAUUUCUUCAAAGAGACCAUUAUAUUCUUGCAUUACAGUCAGCAUAACAAACAUUAGAGAUAUUUCGAUAAGUCUGUCUUAAAUUUCAAUAAAGAAAGUUGUUCAUUUA